UGGCCGACCAGGCUACAGGGUAAAGGGCGGCUCGCUCCUGGCGGCGGGUGCCUUAGACGCGCACACGCUACACCGCUAGCACCGAGCGCACCCCUGCUCCGGGAGCGGAAGCUGGCCUCACCUGACGUCCAGUUUUUAAUUUUUGAACUGUUGUGCCGCCGUCUUGCCGGCCUCAUCAGGAACAGUGAGCAAAAUGAACACCACCCAAGAUCAGAGCAGCUGCACCAGUAUCAGAGAACCCCUGCUGAGGUGUAGCGAUGCACGGAGGGACUUAGAGCUUGCUAUCAGUGGAGUUCUCCGGGCUGAACAGCAAAUCAAAGACAACUUGCGAGAGGUGAAAGCCCAGAUUCACAGCUGCAUAAGCCGUCACCUGGAAUGCCUCCGGAGCCGCGAGGUGUGGCUCUAUGAGCAAGUGGACCUCAUCCAUCAGCUGAAAGAGGAGACACUGCAGCAGCAGGCGCAGCAGCUGUACUGGCUCUUGGGCCAGUUCAAUUGUCUUAUUCAUCAACUGGAGUGCACCCAAAGCAAAGAUCUAGCCAAUCAAAUCUCUGUGUGCCUUGAGAGACUGGGAAGUUUGACCCUUAAGCCUGAAGAUUCUACUGUCCUACUCUUUGAAGCUGACACAACUGCUCUGCGCCAGACCAUCACCACAUUUGGGUCCCUUAAGACAAUUCAAAUCCCUGAGCACUUGAUGGCUCAUGCUAGUUCAGCAAGCCUUGGGCCCUUCCUAGAGAAAAGAAGUCACAUUCCAAUGCCAGAGCAGCAGAGUUUUCUGUAUGAGCAGCAGAAGUUGGUGCCCAGCAGCACAGCUGUACCUCUCAGUGAGUGGCUGCUUGGAAGCAAACCUGCCAGCAGUCGCCAAGCUCCUUUCAUGCCCAGCACCAACCCCCAGGACUGGCUGAGCCACAAGUGGAGCUUGGAGAACAGCCAGACAUCUGCUAGAGCCUACGGUGUCUUCAAUGAUGUGUGGGGCAACCUAAAGGGCUUGGAAAACUGGCUGCUUAAGAGUCAUCAACAAGAAGUUCCUGGAAGAUCAAGUUCCCCAAAAUGUAAGAGUCAUUCUACCAGCAGUUCCCUCUCCAUUGAAGUUGAGAAGACUUGCAAUCUAGAGAGCCUUGAUCAAGAUGACAUGGGGCUGUCUGAUUGGCUGGUGACUCCCCAGGAGCCCUGUAAGCUAGAGAAACCUGAGAAUGGCAGCCAUGAAGCCAGUGAGAUCAAGCACCUGUUCUCAGUGUUCCAGGAGCCCUACAGCGUGAGUGAUUGGCUUGCCCAGCCUGCCUCCUGUACCAACUGUCAGGGCAACCAGCCCAAAGGUGUAGAAAUUGAAAACCUGGGCAAUCUGAAGUGCCUGAAUGACCACUUGGAAGCCAAGAAACCACUGUCACUGUCCUCUCCUAGCAUGAUUACUGAAGAUUGGCUUAUCCAGAACCAUCAGGAACCAUACAAAGUUGAGGAAGUAUGCAAAGCUAACGAACCCUGCACAAGUUUUGCAGAAUGUGUGUGUGAUGAGAACUGUGAGAAGGAAGCUCUGUGCCGAUGGCUUCUGAAGAAAGAAGGAAAGGAUAAAAAUGGGAUGUCUUUGGAAGCCAAAUCUGAGGUUGAGAAUCACAAAGAGUUCCUCGAUACAUGGCUCUGUCCUUCUAGAAAAGAUAUAACAGAACAAGCUAAGGCAUCAAAGUCAUUCAGUCCCUCCAGAAUUGCGGAUUCCUUCCAGGCCCUCAGAAACAGUUCCUUGUCAGAGUGGCUCAUCAAAUCCUCAUGCAAAGAAGGGAGCCCCAAGAUAGUGCCAAGUACUGAGGACAGGGCAGGCAAACAAAAGCUUAAAAACCCCAUGACCACUUCCUGGUGCUCCUUUAACACUGCUGACUGGGUCUUGCCUGGGAAGAAGGUGGGAAGCCUCAGCCAGUCCUCUGGAGACAAGUGGCUCCUUCGAAAGAAAGCCCAGGAAGUAUUUCUUAAUUCACCCCUACAAGAGGAACAUAACUUUCCUGCAGACCGUUAUGGCCUCCCAGCUGUUUGUGAUCUCUUUGCUUGUAUGCAGCUUAAAGUUGAUAAAGAAAAGUGGUUGUAUCGAACUCCUUUACAGAUGUGAAGAACCAAAAAACAGACUCCAACUCCAGAGCUUGUUUGCAGAUGUCUCACAUCCAUGAGCUGUGGCUGCCUCACAUUGUGUUCCUAGAUCUGACCAGUCAGCUUAGUUCCUUUCCUACCUAAGUUUGAACUAGCCAAGUAAUCUCAUCGAAUUACAGGCCACUUUGUUACAGAAAGAGGCUAUUUGUUGAUGCCAAGGUAAUUCAGUUCUCCUUGUGGAAGUAUGAAUUCCCACAUGCAUGAGAAAGGUGGUGUCAUGGCUCCUGAGAUUGGGUGUAUAAACUCAUAAAUACCAUCGUUGCCAAAGUAAACUACCUGUGUUUGACAUCCUUCAAGCUAGUGAACUCCUAAGACCUUGUAUUACCUUUUACAUGCUUCUCUUGCUGAGAUUUUUUUCUUGGGCUUAGUGAUGUGAAAUGAUUGUUGUUUAGUUAAUAUACAGCCCAUUGCACACAAAAAUGAGCCCUGCCAAUAUGGUCUUAUUUUUUUCCUUAACAAAAUGUGUAUUAGUAAUUUUGGCUAUGUUGACAUUAAUUAUCAAACAUUUUAGCCAACACAAACAUUUUUUUUUUUUAAUUUGGAAGAAAUUUAGGAACUGCAAAUUUUGCCUUUAUUCCUUUCUGUUGCUAAAUGAGGGAGGCCAUUGGAGGACGCUACUAGUAAAGGAACAUUUUCAUGUUUGUCCCAGCCUGUUUUCUAAUAUUCUACACAUGUACAGGCUCUAAGGAGUCCCAGCUGGAUAUGUAGUACUUGAACUAUUUGCCACUUUAGGGAUUUCUGGUGCAUCCUGUGUAAAUGAAACCUGAGCUUAACACCUGGUGCUUUUGACUAGGGGUGGUCAAUGUCCUAUCCAUACAAACACAGCAUUUCCGUACCUCCAAAAGUACAAUGCAGUGGCAUUUUACUGGACAGGUGGUUUCAACAUUUGUGCCUUGGGGUGCAUACUGAAGUUUUAUGAUGAAACCAUCAGUUUUCUCAAUAUCCUUAAAUUCAUGUUAAAACAUUUUCUGUAGGAGAUAAGAGUUCUUUCACAAUUCUGAGAUCUUUCAAAACUACUAAGCCUUUUAACUGCCUGUGUUACUGGAAAUAAACUUAAGAGGGGAAACAUCAGUCUCACAGUGACACUGUACAGCUACUCCACAAUCCUUUGAACCUUCACAGCUGAAAAGAGCCUCUCAUUUUGUAAUCCUCCCAAAUAUCACUUGAGAAUUAAAAUAAAGGUGAUGGGUAAAAACAACUUACAGAACCUUAUAUUCUUUGUUGCAGGAAACUCAUUUCAUUUUUGAGAUCUAGCACACCAUCAAAACGUAAUUUACAUUAAUCACUAUGGUAAUUAGUAUGUGAAAUAUUCUUAUGCAUUGAUGCAUUUUAUACUUCCAUUAAAAGCAUAACAGCCACACAA